AGAGGAGCUGAUGCCAGUGGGUUUGUGUGUUGUGCUGUGAGUGUUGCUGCAGGGAGCUGAGCGUAAAGCAUGGGCGAACUGGAAAACCAUAACAUGGACGCAGUGACCUAUAAUGAUGUGCAUAUCAACUUCACUCAGGAAGAGUGGGCUUUGCUGGAUCCUUCUCAGAAGAAUCUUUACAAAGAUGUGAUGCUGGAGACCUAUAUGAACCUCACUGCUAUAGGCUACAAAUGGGAAGAUCUUAAUAUUGGAGAACAUUGUCAAAGUCCUCGAAGACAUGGAAGACUGUUCAGAGCCAUCCAGUUUGUGACAGCAUUCCAGCAUCCCAGAAGGGAAUGUCUGACUUCUUCAAGCUCCAUCGUCACUCGCCUCCAUCAGCCUUUGUUGGCAACUUUUGUUGAAGAAUGUCUAAUCCUCUUCCAGCCAAAGGACACUGCCUGAAGGUUACUUAUUUCCCCACAGUAGUUUACAGAGGGAAUUUUCAAUGUGAUGCAAAAUAUUUACUAAUGUACUGACUCCACUCCUGUUAAAGGAUCUGUAAAUUUUUUCCUAUGAGUACUUUGUAAAUGUUUGACAGAUCCACUUGACGAAGAAAGAGUUUGUGAAUCAAGCAUUCCUGCCAUCAAAAUAUGUUUGAAACAAAACAAUAAGAAAGAGGGAAUAGUAGUAAUAAAAAUCUUAAAGUUAAUGUAGUAAUAUUAAUUUUUCUUUUGAUAAUUGGAGACUUAAGUAAGGAAAAUAAUUUUUAAAUUAUCAUUUAAGAGGUAUCAAUAACAAUACUAAAUUAUUCCUCACUAAAUCCACAAAGUUAUUAAUAGUGUGUUCAUGAACUAACAAAAAGAAGCAUCAAGUACACUAUUUAAGUAGUCUUAAGUGCUCCCAAGUACACCAACUGAAAUAACAGGCAAACAUGAAAAAUUUGAGAUAGAAAUAUCAUAGAAGGAAAAAUAAGAGGGCAUGAUAGAAACACAUAAAUACUAAUUGUAGUCAGUAAAAUAUUUUCAAAAAUCCAGUAAUGAGUUAAUGGUAUAACAACACUAAUAAAACAGGUAGCUAUGACCAUUUGCUGUUUUAUAAUCAAACACAUAGAGUUGGCUAUCUCAUCCCUUUUUAUCAAUUAUAUCACAUAUCCUAGAAACACUUUAGUUUCUAUGAAAGUAGCCACUGAUAAAAUGAUAGCAUAAUUUACUUCUCUGAGGUAUAAUCUGCUAAUUUAUGGCACCAGACACUCAGUGUUCAAGAUAGCAAACUCCAUUAGAUCAUUAUGUCCUUGAUAGUCUGAAAGUUAUUAUGUGUUAAACUUCUUCAAAAGACAUAAUCUAUAGAACUUUUGAAAUAUCCAGACAAAGUAACAAACCUUUAAAAAGCAUUUGGUUCUGCCUUCCCUAAAUGACAACAGCAUAUAAGCUUAUCAUACUCUGGUAAGUAUUAAAACUGUUUGCUAAAUAUAGAAAUUUAUUUUUGUUUACAGAUUAGACAAAAACUUUCAUGAGACUUGCCAUAUGGCUAGUCAAUAAAACAAACAAUGUUUAUAGAAAAAUCCAUUUUAUGAAAAUCUUACAAAAGAGAAAUAAACAAAUUGUCUGCACCUUUUUGCUUCUGAACAAUUUAGGAAUAAAUCAUGAGCAUGACAGAAAUAGAUGAUAAAGGGAGUGAAAGUAGUUAUUUACAGUGGCACCAAGAGGUAAAAGUACACUGUGUUGCCAGAUUCUCAUACCAAUUAAACACCUUUUCAAACAUGAUCCUUUGUUUAGAAAUAACUUUCUCAAGAGCAAUGCAAGCUAGCAUAGUUAACUCAAGAAAAUAAGGCAGUUAAUUCUUGCUAAGCAAAGUUACUUAGCAUGUAUCAAAUCCAGAUCAUCAUUUCAUGUCCUAAUUCAUCAUCAAUGACACAGAGAGAAAUAAGUUAAACAAAUUAUACCCAGGAAUUCACUAAAAAGUUCAGUUAUAAAGAUAGAUAUCAGAUGAGAAAAAUUCAUGAGAUACCACUCAAUGAAAUGUGUUUGAUUUUCUUAUUUAAUAAUUUUCUUCACUUUUAAAUCUUUGCACUGGAGAACGUUCUGAGAAGUUUGGAAUCCUCUUCUGCAAUUCAAUGUAUCUCAAA